CGCACCUCCUCAGGGGGCUGCAGAGAACACCUUACUUCUACAAGAGCCGUUCCACCGUCCAUCCUUUCUCCCUCAUUUCCACUUCAACUACACCAAAAGACUCCCUCAUAGUAGUUUAUUCUAAAAAGAGAGAGAGGCACAGAUUGUUUCAUCCACUUUUAAGGUCUUAGAAGAAGAAAAGGCAUCAACACCCGCAGCCAUGAAUGGCACAGAAGGACCCAACUUCUAUGUACCCAUGUCUAACAAGACUGGGGUGGUGCGCAGCCCAUUUGAGUACCCUCAGUACUACCUGGCUGAGCCCUGGAAGUACUCUCUUCUUGCAGCGUACAUGCUGUUCCUCAUCAUUUCUUCCUUCCCCAUUAACUUUCUCACCCUCUACGUCACUGUCAAGCACAAAAAGCUGAGGACCCCGCUGAACUACGUUCUGCUCAACCUGGCGGUGGCCGACCUCUUUAUGGUAGUUGGGGGCUUCACGGUCACGCUCUACACGGCCCUGCAUGGAUAUUUCGUCUUAGGUGUCAGCGGCUGCAAUAUUGAAGGAUUCUUUGCCACAUUAGGAGGAGAGAUUGCUCUCUGGUCUCUGGUGGUUUUGGCUAUUGAGCGCUAUAUUGUGGUCUGUAAGCCGAUGACCAACUUCCGCUUUGGAGAAAAACAUGCCGUGGCUGGCCUGGGUUUCACAUGGGUCAUGGCCCUGACCUGUGCUGCUCCCCCUCUCUUUGGAUGGUCCCGGUAUAUCCCAGAGGGAAUGCAGUGUUCCUGUGGGAUUGACUACUACACUCCCAAGCCUGAGAUCAACAACACCUCGUUCGUCAUCUAUAUGUUUGUCCUCCACUUCUGUAUCCCCUUGUUCAUCAUCUUCUUCUGCUACACUAGCCUCCUCUGCACUGUGCGAGCGGCUGCAGCUCAGCAGCAGGAGUCUGAAACCACCCAGAGGGCAGAGAAAGAAGUGACUCGCAUGGUCAUUGUCAUGGUGAUCUCCUUUUUGGUAUGCUGGGUGCCCUAUGCCAGCGUGGCUUGGUACAUCUUUGCCAAUCAGGGAACUGAGUUUGGGCCAGUAUUCAUGACUGCUCCCGCCUUCUUCGCCAAGAGUGCCGCUCUGUACAACCCAGUCAUCUACAUCCUGCUAAACAGACAGUUCAGAAACUGCAUGAUCACCACGGUGUGCUGUGGAAAGAACCCAUUUGGAGAAGAUGAGGCUGCCGUCUCCAAAACUCAGACUUCAUCCGUCUCUUCAAGCCAGGUGGCCCCCGCUUGACCUGUGCUCCCUUUCUCACCCUCUUCUGUCCCAUCUGUGCCUGCCUCAGAUGGGGACCCACCACCGCCAAGCAGCACUACCUUCAAUCAGCCAAUCCUCUUGACUUACCUCUCCUUUUGUCUUCUCUGCAGUGUCGCCACUGCACCUUCAAGCGGGACUGACGCAUUUAAAAACCAGCAUGUGUGUUUUUAAUCCAUUUAAUUAUGGAGGGUUCAGCUGGUCUCACAGAUUUUAACCUGGCAUCCAAAGGGGUGACCACUUGGUGGUCAUCCAACUGAGCACCAUAUGAGCUCUUCACUUUCCAAAAACACACAAACUGGGUAAAAAUCCAACUGUAAGUAAUUAUCACAACUAAUUAUGUAUCCAAAAACGUGCUUUAAACAGUCAAUUAUAUGAGUGGAAUUACUCUGUUUAGAUAAUCAGAUGAGUUUUUAAGCUCUACUGUUGUCUCUCUAACUCUAUUCUAGUUGCCGUGUCGAUCAAGCUGAGAAGGUUAGCUUCUUGGUAUUGUCUGAGAUGAUUAGUGUAAAGAAAUAUGGACCUCCUGCAAGAGUCUGUACAUGUGUGAGUUGGAUGUUUAUGUAUGCGAAUGUCAGAAUGCUAGUGUGUGAAUUAAGGUGAAACAGGAAUAUUACUGUAAUGGCUCGGAUUUGUGGCAGUUGUUCUGUGUCCUGCAAUAAAAACAAAGCUAAAUGUCUGCACGA